AGUGAAACACACACACACACACACAAAUGACUUGAAGGCACUGAAUGUAACAGUGGUGGACACUUUCACUGACUUGACAUGUUUUUACCGUGGCGAGAAGAGAGACGGUGGAACAGUGGGCGAACGCUAACUGGAUUAGGAUUAGCACUGUCACCGUGUAACCCUGAAGAGACUUGGUGAUCUGACCUGGAUUUUUCCUCCAAGUGCUACUGUAGUUAGCCAAUUUGCUAACUUAAUCGGAGAAAUUCUGCUUAUUGACAGUCAUACCUAUCAUUUUUAAACUUUUCACUAGGAUUCAUCGAAGAAGGGGUUCGAUUCAGAAACUUCAAGCAAUUUUAUUCUUUAGUUUCUCAUAGAAUUCCUGCUCAUAAAUCACGAAUGUAUCCGGUGUUUCUAUUGUCUAGAUACAUUGUAACUCUACCUAGUAAUGCGUUCAACAAGUGUUCAAUAUGAUCUAAAGUGGCAAACUGUAGCCUAAUCAACGACAUGGUUGGUUGUGGCUCCGUUUUCUAAUAAUCUGUUUUGCAAUGCAAACGUGUCGACGACAAUCAAGGACCAACACCUUGAAUUAAGAGGCAACAUUAACUCAGGAUCUUGAUACCCAUCAGACCAUGGCACUUUGCGGGCGAAGAAAUCGGUCAAAAGUUAUUGUUGGCAUCCUUUGUGUCUCUGUAGUUGGAUAUUUCGUAUUUCUGAAACGCAACGGAAACGAUGUCGGGGUGGCAAGUCGACGUGGGGUGUCUACCAAUGGACAAGAAGACACGGAAUACGAAAAGUUAAAGAGCCCAGUUUACGAGAAACCACCAUUGGAUAUGAGUGUACUGGGGGAGAUGGGACGAGCUGUAAAGUUAGACUUGACUGGAGAAGAGAAGAAGAAAGAAGAAGAGAGUAUCAGCAAACAUCAGAUUAAUACCUACGUGAGCGACAAAAUAUCCCUCCAUCGAAGACUGCCCGAGAGAUGGAAUCCACUCUGUAAGGACCUGAAGUAUGACUACCGCUCCUUGCCCUCGACGUCGGUGGUGAUCGCCUUCUACAAUGAGGCGUGGUCCACUCUGCUGCGCACUGUGCACAGCGUGCUGGAGACCUCACCUGACCUGCUUCUGCGAGAGGUCAUCUUGGUGGACGACUACAGUGACCGAGAACAUUUGAAGGAGCCCCUGGAGCAGUACUUGUCAGACCUGCGUAAGGUGCGGCUGGUCCGCGCCCGCAAGCGCGAGGGCCUGGUCCGCGCUCGGCUCCUGGGGGCCUCCAUCGCGACGGGCGACGUGCUCACCUUCCUGGACUGCCACUGCGAGUGCCAUGAUGGCUGGCUGGAGCCCCUCUUGCACAGGAUCACGGUGGAGCCUACGGCAGUCGUGUGUCCGGUCAUCGACGUUAUUGACUGGAACACCUUCCAGUAUCUAGGCAACCCUGGCGAGCCUCAGAUCGGCGGGUUUGAUUGGCGGCUGGUGUUCACCUGGCACCCAGUGCCGGAAUAUGAGCAGAAACGACGCAGCUCCCCGACAGAUGUCAUCAGGUCUCCUACUAUGGCUGGAGGUCUGUUUGCAGUCAGUAAGAGCUACUUCCACUACCUGGGUACAUAUGACACCGGCAUGGAGGUGUGGGGUGGAGAGAACCUGGAGUUCUCCUUCAGGAUCUGGCAGUGUGGAGGCUCGCUGGAGAUCCACCCCUGCUCUCACGUGGGCCACGUCUUCCCCAAAAAGGCCCCCUACUCGCGCAGCAAGGCCCUGGCCAACAGUGUGCGGGCCGCUGAGGUCUGGAUGGACUCCUACAAGGACCUGUACUACCACAGGAACCCCCACGCUCGCCUGGAGGCAUACGGCGACGUGACGGACAGAAGGAAACUGCGGGAGCAGCUGGGAUGCAAGGACUUCAGGUGGUUCCUGGAGAACAUCUACCCGGACAUUCAUGUUCCGGAGGAUCGAGAAGGAUUUUUCGGAAUGCUGAAGAAUCAAGGCAUGGCCAACUACUGCUUUGAUUACAACCCACCUGAUGAUCACAACGUGGUGGGCCACCGCAUCAUCCUCUACCCUUGCCAUGGCAUGGGCCAAAACCAGUUCUUCGAGUACUCGACGGACCAUGAGAUCCGCUAUAACACACGGGAACCAGCAGGGUGCGCUGUGGCCGAUUCUGUCUCCACCUUCCUGACGGUGCACCUGUGCAGGAAACCCCGGCAACCCGUUCCACAGGAGCAGCAAUUUGUGUUCAGAGAGGACGGAAGCCUGUACCACGUGCAGUCUCAGAAGUGUGUCCAGGCUGUGGCCAAGAUCGAUAACGGCGGCCCAGGGCCCGCCCUCAGACCCUGCUCCAACGUGCCCCACCAGAAGUGGUUCUUCGAGGAGCGGUCGUAGAGGUGUGAAGUGGACCAGGCCGGAGUGGAGUCCAUCUCAGGCUGGACCGAACCACUCAAGAUCCACACCAUCCAGGGCAUUGAGGCUGAGGACGAAGAGGAACACAUGAGCCCUCUCUUACCUUUAGGGCUGUAUGUUCUGGAUCUCAGUCCCUGAGUGGUUCAGGGACACUAGACACAGCUUAGCAGUAACACCUGCCAUAGGUAGCAACAUUCACACAAAGGAUACAGCUUCAAAAAUAAGUUAAACAGUUUUUGAGAGUUUCAGACUGCAGAAGAUUGUUAUUUUGUGGUAAUUUAUCAUUGUGAUUUUUUUUAAUGACACUUUUUAUGACAUAAGAAUCAACAUAUAUUUAUGUACGUUUUAAACAAAUGUCUUUUACCGCAGUACAGUGACAUGUGUCAUGUCAUCUUCCCUAUGACAUGGGCAGUGAUAGGCUGGAUAAUUUACACCUUAUACCUCUUGAAAAGGUCUCUCUGUGGAGGAGCAACAAUCGCUAAAACAGUAGCCUAUUCAUGUGGAUACAAUAUAUUUCAUAAAGCAGGAAGUCAAUAUUCUCUGCUGCAACUACUGCAGAGGCUCAAGAGUCUGUCGUCCACACUCCAUCAUGUAGAAGGCUCCAUUUUUGCGUUCAAAGAACGUCCACCCAUUCACUAGUGCAGUACGUAGUGACUAACCAACAUAUGGUUAUUUACUAUAUUGUACACUCUGUGAAUGAUUAGAUGUUCUGAACACAGGCUCUGCCUUUUCCCUUGACCUGCUGAUUGCUGUUCAGCAUUGUUAGAUCUUUAGCUUUAGUCUCUCCUGGAGCACAGGUGGAGGUCGCACGGCUGUUUUGGGUAUUUCAGGCAGUGCACUGAAGAAAAGCCGAGUAGUGACGGUCAGUGGAGCUGAUGUCAGCUUGUCUUCCCAGACAAAUACCUCUAGAUGGUGCCAGUGCCUCCAUUUGACUCCUGUUUACAUCUAGAAUCCUCCAUGUUCUCACCAUUAGCUGUCAUUUGGCCACGUCCAUCUAUCUGCUAUGCUGUAUCAUAUUGCUGGGUGUAUAUUUAUUCACUCACAAGUGCUAACUCCAUUCCUCCACAGAGUCUGUAGAGCCUUUCCAUUAUUACCCUGCUACAGAUACCUCUCCUUCUCUAACUACUGGGUAGGACAUGAGUAGGUCUUACUAAAAAGCUGGAGAGAUCUCAGCAUGCAGCCUGAGUGACUUGACCGCAGGCUGGUUCCUGAACCUGCCACAGUGCUGUUUCAUGUAAUGUUGAUGCUGGGGCUUUUUUUUUGUUUGUUCUUAAUUUUCAAUCCUCUGUAUCUAAAACAAAUCAAUUAUUGUUUUAUUUCUGUUUUCUUCAUGACUGUAGAAUAUGUAUCACUACUUUUGUGGUGAGCACAGGUCUUGUUAGUGUUUUUUUAUUUUUAUUUUCAUGAAAUGAAGGUAUACAGACAGGAAUGAAGAGAUUAAUUUGGGAUUUAUGCAUUUAGGA